UGGCCUUUCGGGGACGCGUAGCCCGAACUCGUUCGCAUGUCAGUGUCACUCUCUCCACACCACCACCACCGGUCCCUUACGUGGCUGUCUCUCCUUCCGUAGUCGCGAAUUGUCUCACCUUUGGUCGCAGCUGCUUCUUUCAGUCGCAAUUGGGUCUGCCGCACCCUGACUGCGCAAUUGUACGCCCACCAUGAACGGGUUUCAAGAUCAUGGCCUCGAUGAGGAUGCAUUUGGGGCUUCGAAAGGGAACAUCGUGUCCAGCUUUGAUGCUUUUCCCAAAACUAAGAAGACAUACCUUGUCCAAGGCCGCAAUUCCUCUGCUUGGACCGUCACACUUAUCCUCACAUGCAUCUGGCUGGCCUGGACCGAAACCUCACGCUGGUUCACUGGCACAACGACGCAGACUUUCUCCGUCGAAAAGGGCGUCUCGCACGACAUGCAGAUUAACCUCGACGUAAUCAUCGCCAUGCGCUGCGCCGACCUGCACGUCAACAUGCAAGACGCGGCCGGAGAUCGCACACUCGCUGGUGACCUGCUGCGCAAGGACCCUACGAGCUGGGCGCAGUGGACGGGUAAGAAUGCUGAGAAGGGUGUGCAUGAGCUGAAUGAGGGGAUCGGGCAGGAGUGGGACAUGGAUGAUCUGGAAGUGCAUAAUCACCUGAGCAAAAAGCAGAAGAAGAAGUUUGCGAAGACGCCGAGGAUCAGGGGCGCGACAGAUUCGUGCAGGAUCUUUGGGAGUUUGGACGGCAACAAGGUGCAGGGCGACUUCCACAUCACCGCAAGAGGACACGGAUACAUGGAGUUUGGAGAGCACCUGGAUCACAACUCAUUCAAUUUCUCCCACAUCAUCCGCGAAAUGUCCUUCGGCCCUUACUUCCCCUCGAUGAACAACCCGCUCGACAACACCAUCGCCCUAACUCCGACCCAAAACGACCACUUCUACAAAUUUCAAUACUACCUCUCCAUCGUCCCUACCAUCUACACCGACUCUCUCAGCGCCCUCAAAGCCCUCGAAAGUGCCGACUCCGCCUCCACCGCCGGCCUAUUCAGCCAGCACGCCAUCAAGACAAACCAGUACGCCGUUACUUCCCAGAGCCACACAGUGCCUGAGCAGAGCGUGCCCGGCGUGUUUGUUAAGUUCGAUAUUGAGCCGAUCACGUUGAGUGUUGUGGAGGAGUGGGGUGGGUUUUGGCCGUUGGUGGUUAGACUCGUGAAUGUCAUUUCGGGCGUCAUGGUUGCGGGCGGUUGGGCGUGGCAGAUGUAUGAUCUUGGGUUGGAGUUUUGGGGGAAGAGGGGGAGGAAGGGCGAUGGGAUGGGGAUGUUGGGGACGCCGCAGGUGGAAAAGAAGAGCUGGGAUUAAGCG